UGUACGGCUCCCUGUCCACCCUCACCCUUUGGCCCUUUUUAACAUGUCAGGUUUACACUGCGUUUUGUGCGCUUCUGUACAAAGCUCCUCGUCAGGAGUCGAAGGUUACUGGUGCGUAACUUGCUUCGGAGGUAACUUCCACAGGGAAUGCGCCGAAUCCCCAAUGGAGCUGAAGGACCACCCUUAUCAUCCUCCUCACCCUCUCUCUCUCCGUCCCCUUGAAUCUUCUGACAUCUGCAGAUGUUGCGGAGGAAAACUCGGAAAAGAAUGGGCUUAUUCCUGUUCUACCUGCACAUUCUUCAUGCACCUGAAAUGCGCCAAGAAGCCGCCGGUUCUUGAGGUGGAUCAGCCCAAGAGCCAUGUCCAUAAGCUCUUCCUCCUCCCUAAACCGCGUCUCUUCACGUGUGAUGCCUGUGGUUUGCUGCUCGACGGCCCCAUUCUUCCUUGGGCUUGUCUCGAGUGCGGGGUCAUGUUCCAUAGAGAAUGUAUUGACUUACCACGCGUUAUCAGGAUCUCACGCCAUCCACAACAUCGUCUCUUCUAUGUUUUCUCUCCUUCCCCUCCACCACCUCAUGAAUCAUCAUCGUGGUCAUGUGGAGUUUGUCGCAAAGUUGUCCACAACCAUUAUGGUGCAUAUUCUUGCGUCAAAGAAAAUUGCCGUUGUACUGUCCAUUCAAAGUGUGCAACAAGAGAAGAUGUAUGGGACGGGAUAGACCUUUAUGGAGUACCCGAAGAACCCGAAGACGUCGAGGCACCAUUCGAGGUUAUUGAUGACAAAGUGAUACGUCAUUUCAGUCACCAACAUCAUCUUAAACUGAACGAGGAUGAUGACAUUAGCUCUGGGCGAAGCGAGUUCUGUGAAAUUUGCGCUCUUCCAACUCACACCCACAUCGGAAAUAUCUACAGGUGUAUUACAGGUGAUUGCGAUUUCGUUAUCCACGAAACAUGUGCAAAUCUACCAAGGAAGAUGUGGUACAUGCUACAUCCACACCGUCUAGAACUACAAGCCUUCGGAACAUCUAGCGUGGUAUGCGACGUUUGUGAUCGUGAAUGUUGCGGAUUCAUAUACAAAUGUUGCAACGAUUGUGGUUUCAUAGUAGAUGUGAAUUGUGCUUCAGUCUCAGAGCCUUUUAUCCAUACAAAUCACCCACAUCCUUUGUUCUCCACAUCAAUAUCGAAUUGUUACCAAACAUGUUCUGGUUGCAAAGGCCUUGGAACUUCUAAGCGUAAGAAGAUGGAGUGCAUUGAAUGCGACUCCGUCAUCUUGUGUUUCAGGUGCAUAACUUUACCGACUAAGGUAAGAUAUAAGCAAGACCGACACCCUCUGGUUCUUGGAGGCGGUGGUGGUGAGGCCAAAGAUGGAGGAAGCUGGUGGUGCGAGAUAUGUGAGGGGAAAAUGGAACCGGAGGAGGAAAUGUACUACACAUGUGACACUUGUUGUGUCACUGUCCAUGUCCAUUGCAUCCUCGGAGAGGGUACACUAAUGAAGCCUGGCCAUUAUUCCCACCCAUGGGCGCCCGAGUUAGAAGUGGCGGCCAACAAUAGUCGUUGUCGACCGUUAUGCCAUCAAUGCCAGAGGCGCUGCCCAUUCCCGAGUAUUUUCAAGACAGAUGAUCAUGUCUUGUGCACUUUCCGGUGUGUUAAGGACUUUAGGAGAACGCUAUGUGAAAUACUAGGACAAAGGAAAUGAUAUAACGAGUGUAGACAAGACAGACAUCCUCUGGUUCUUGGGGUUGGUGAAGAGGCCAAAGAUGGAGGGAGAUGGUGGUGCGAGAUCUGUGAAUUGAAAAUGGAACCGGAGGAGGAAUUGUAUUACAGUUGUGACAGUUGUGGUUCAUGUUCAUUGCAUACUCGGACAGGAUCCAUUCAUGCUGUCUGGCCUUUAUGCCAACCCAUUCAAUGGUGAAUUCGAAGCUGCGGAUGCCGGUUUCACGUGGGAACGGGUGUUUAGGGUUGCGGCCAACAACAAUUGCUUCCGACCGCCGUGCUAUCUAUGUUGAAGGCGCUGCCCGUUUCCCAUUUUUUUCGAGACAAAUGAUCGCCAUUUCUGUACUUACAAUGUAUAUUCUUUUUUCUAGCUCCGGAUGCGGCAAUGUAAGUUUUUC